AUGGAUCCAAUCAUAGUUAUUGAAAAUCAACCUCUUACAUCACAGCAGUAUGAUUUACUCGCCCAGAUCGAACAAGCUGCUGCGGGAUGUGCCGGCAAUUCGGAUGAGAUUAGCCACGUGUUGCUCCAAGAAUACAAUCUUGCUACAAGAGAGGCUAAUAAUGCUUGGGAGGCGGCAAAGCCAUCAAUUAAUAGGCUCCCUUCCGAGAUCUUGAUGCGGAUAUUUCACGCAGGACGUGGGCUAGUGGGAGAACAACAAUUUCAUGGGUUCCUUCUCAAUGCCAUCAAUGUGUGCCAGCAAUGGAUGUCUAUACUAGUGGAGAACGCAGUGUUUUGGACUACAGUCAUUGUUGAUGAUAAGAUGGAAGACUUGGAGGCAACUAUAGCGACAGUCCUUGUGCUAUCAAAGAAUUUGCCGCUGAAUCUGGAUUAUAAAAGGGGCUCUUACAGUAUCAACCUCGUGGCGCCCCUCAUCCGCCCACAUCUUCAUCGUAUUCGUCGGCUUAUGGUAGCAGAAGGAGAAUGCAGAUCCAACGAGGAUGUCUUCAUUCCAAAUUGUGUCUUCGUUGCUUUGCAGGAUGUCCAAAUCAACAGCACAAUAAUCAACGCGCAAGAGUUCUUAUUGAUUCAGCCAAAGUUGGCGCAGUAUGCGUCUUUAGCUAAAGAUACAGGAUUGGUCCACCUCAUCGUAGAUGAAACUCGAUUGAAAGACGUAGAACUUUGGUAUUUUCAUUUGUCUCAGCUCCAGCGGCUCGACAACUUGGAGGGUGUAAAGCGGGUGACUCUUGCCUGGCCUAAUGCAGUGUCCUCUGACUGGACGGAAAACAGGACACCGUUAAAAUGGAGUUCAUUCUCUGCAUACGGGAUGGAGUGGAAAAUCGUCCGGAAUAUCAUUCAGCGGUGUACAAAUUACGUUGUCGAACUUGAUAUGGAGAUCAAUGUCCACGAUACUGAGAAGUUUCUGCGCUCUCUCGAAGCAUUGAUACGCCUCGAAACACUAAGCGUGUCUCUCAUCGAAGCUCGUGGAUCCCUCAGACCCUUCAAACAACCCGGUGUUCUCGCUCGUCCUCUUCCGAUGCUGCGUACAAUUAGGCUCCGGUUGAAUACAAUGCUUACCCUGGCGGAAGACACCAUAUCAAUCUGCGAUGCUUUCAUCCGCAGAGGAUGUUAUAUUCAUCACCUUUACAUAGCAGGGUUUCCCAAUUAUAUGGUCUCUUCUCAGUCACUUAAAGGGCUCGAUCACCUUCGUUCUCUCAAAUUGAGCGAUAGCAAAAUCCAAAUCGACGAUCCCCAGCCUCUGGAAUUUCCUCUCCUUGGAACAUUAGGGAUCGAGUGUCCAAUUUCGACUCUGUGGCUCUUCAAUAAUCCAUCAGUGAGACGUCUUCAGUUUUCCAUUGACGCCGAUGAAUGGUCUCCGAGUCAUAAUUUGCCACUUCUUAUCCUCUCUGACGAACAAUGGCCUAACCUGAAGAGCCUCAGCAUCUCACUACUGACAAGGCGAUAUGCCAUACUCACUGUUCAGCUCAGACUCUCGAACCUCCAUGAGCUCAUUGCAUCAGGAGAUGCCCUUGUCGCUGGCAUAUGUUAUAAUAUGGCCUUGUACCCGGAGAGUUUACCGCUCCUCCAAGAUUUACGUCUUUGGACGGCACCGGAAUGGGAUAUCCUAUUUAUUCUGCUUGAAAGGCGGAACUUUGUGCGACUUCAGGGCGUUCGGCCAAUCAAGCGGAUUACAUUGUAUCGGUUGAUUCCAGAGCAUAUGCAGCUAGCGAUCUCUAUGCUCCUUGGGGGAUAUAUUGUCACACGACCCCCUACCUACGAGUUAUCGCGUCAAGCGAUAUCCAAAAUCCUUAUAGAUCCUAAUACGUGA